UGCGUCCAACAGAGGCGCGGUGGCAAAACAAAAGCGACGCGGCCAUGAUCGAGCCGCGAGGUCGCUAUCAGCUGCGUUUCCGUCUUAAAACCCGCCCUAUAGAUUUAUUCACUUCAUAAUUUCUAAAGAAUAUAUAUAUUUUUUUGCAUUACAUAGACGCGAAGAAAACAAAAACAAUGACGUGAAGCCUCGUGCUGCGGUAAUGGCGGAUUAAGAAAAAGGCUGUGUCGAUCUGAUGUUUGCGCUGAAUGUGCGCCCGUGCCGUGGGACGUUUCGUGCUCCCGUUUAGAGAAUCAUGUACCGCGUGGGCGGAGAGCGGGACUUCCAGACGUCGGCCCGACGCAUGGGCACGUCGCUGCUCUUCCAGCUGUCGGUGCAUGAAAGAGAACUGGACCUGGUGUUCCUGGACCACAGUUAUGCCAAGCCCUGGAAUGCCCACCCUGACGCCAGCAGUGCCCGGCCCACCCGCAUGCUGUUCGUCACCCCGCGCCGGCAGCCGGACACCUCUGUGGAGUCCGAGAUGUCCAUCGAUGUUGAGACGAUCACGCCCACUCCCAUGCCUCUCUACGACAACCAGAAAGCCCGGAGCGUGAUGAACGAGUGCGAGCGCCACGUCCUGUUUGCCCGGACCAUUGCAGACGGACCGCUUCCUCCAGACGACUGGGAAGAUCAUAUUAACAAGACCGGGUGGACCAUGGCGCAAACCAAGCUAUUUAAUAAAGUCCUGAAGGCGCUGCAGGCGGAGAGACUGGCCAGGCUGGCUAACGAGAGUGUUUGUAACGAGCCCGUCCUGCGCAGGAUCGCGGUGGACAAAUGCGCCCGUAAGGUUCGGCACGCUCUGGCCAGCGUGAACUGGGACGCUAAGCUAACCCAGUGGCUACACAGCACCCUGGUGGAGUCUCUCAGCUUGGCCAUGCUGGCCGCCUACCUUGACGUCCUACAGACCCUCAAAAGCAAAGUUCCAUCGCUGAUCGAACGGAUGCUGCCAUCGUCGUCCACUAAAUCGGGCGCGGCUGGAGGCGAGGCGCUCUCUCUGCUCCUGAAGCGCCCCUGGGAUCCAGCGGUGGGCGUGCUCUCCCAAAACAAACCGAAUAAGUUGCCUGGUUCACCUCUGAUCCUGAUGUGUCCAUCCGGACCCACGCUGCCCACCUUCUCUACCUCUCGCCGAAUGAGAUUCUGGCAAUCGCAGCUCUCGUGUCUCGGCAAAGUCAUUCCCAUAAACACUCACGUGGGCAGCGGCACAAACAUCGGGAUCACUCAGUGUCUCGAGCACCUGAUCGGCACCGUCAGGGGGAAAGUCAUCGAGGUUCACAGUCACUUCCCUCACAAACCCAUCAUCCUGGUGGGCUGGAACGUGGGGGCCCUGAUCGCUUGCCAUGUGUCUCUUAUGGAGCAUGUGACUGCAGUCGUGUGUCUGGGGUUCCCUCUGCAAACAGUCAGCGGACCCAGAGGGGACGUAGACGACCCCUUGUUGGACAUGAAGACCCCCGUGCUGUUCGUGGUGGGUCAGAACGCGCUCCAGUGUGGCACAGAGAACAUCGAGGAGUUCAGGGAGAAGAUCCGAGCAGACAACAGCAUGGUGGUUGUAGGAGGAGCAGAUGACAAUCUCAGGAUCGGUUCCUCCAAGAUGAAAUUUGAAGGUCUGACUCAGACGAUGGUGGAUCGCUGCAUUCAGGAUGAGAUCGUAGAUUUCCUGACGGGCAUUCUUAUGCGAGCAGAAAGCUCCAGCCUUACCUCGGCGGAAACUCGGGAUCUGGACGCGGAGAAGAAAAAGAAACCACGUCGCGAGUUGCCUUUUGAGACCGAGAGGUCUCGACCAUCGUCGCCAGCCAUCAGGGUUCCCAUCUCCCCCUCAGGAUCAGAGGACAUGUCCAGUGUGUGCAGCAGUCCCACAGCCAGUCCCAAACCCAAGACGAGCACUCUGUCUCCGGCUCAAAAGUCGAGCCUCAUCACUGCCACCCAGCUCCUCAAAACACACAUGCAGCGAUCUGGAACCAUGCUUACACACAAACAAGCUCAAGCUCAGUUUGCUGCCAUUAUGAAACAGAGCAUGCUGGUGAGGAAGAGUGUUCCUCCUGGCAGCCCCUCCUGUCUGUUUGUGCCCGUGUCCGGCGAACAGGUAGAAGGUUUUGAACAGAACGAACAGCGACUCAAUUUGAAAAGAAGGCAGACGCCGAGUCCAACGAUUUCCACAAAAUCCUCCAAACGGGCCAAGAUCAAAGUCACUAUUGUCUCGCACGGCGAUGCAUCCGGUACCACGGUGCCUCCCGGCAUCCAGGAAGGUGCGUCUGGAAAACCCCUUACAGUCACCAUGGGCCAAAGUGCAUCAGGUGCUAAAGAUCUUACUGGACUGUUGACUGCUCAAAGGUCUGGCUCUUUGUCUGAUGCCUCUGGAGGUAUCGGCUCAGGAGGAGGUUCCUUCCACAGCCUGCAGGCGUCAGUCAUAUCCGGCUCCUCCACCACCCCGACACAGGUCCAGACUUCUGCACAAGCUACCUCUGCCAGUAGCCUGUUGCAGGGCCUGAGCUUCAGCCUGCAGGAGAUCAGCUCUAAAUCUCCUGCUCUGCCCUCCAGCACACAGGCUUCAGUUGGAAAAGCUCAGACUCACAGCCAGGUAUUAACAUCACUCAGUCCAGUAGGUGGCACUCUGGUCCGUGCCGUUCCCGUCGUCUCCACCAGCUCUGGAGUGAAUAAAAGCACAGCAAUCCAUCAGCUGCUUACAAACGGAGGCCUGGCCAAACUGGCCAAUAGCCUGCCAGGACUGGCCCACGUGGCCAAUCAGAGCGCGGGUCUGAAAGCCCCUACUACGAUCACAGUGACUUUGCGAGGCCAGCCGAGUCGAGUUCAAGCUCUGGGUCACGCUGGAGCUGUACUGCCACCUCACAACACGUCCGAGCAGCAGUGAAUUGAAUUUUCUUGGAAAAGUUUCAUAUUGACGCUCACUGGCUUUAUCCGUAAGCAGAUCGCUAAACCUUUGGGAGAAACCCUGAUUUCCUGACCGCACCUGCUUUCCCACCGAGGCCGAGUUUUGGAACAGCUGUGGACUUUAUUCUGCAUAUAACCGAACGUCUUACUGGCAGGCAGAUAUGAGCGGAUAUGAAUCAGAACGCUUUAACAUCACUUCUGGGCGAGCCUCAGAUUAGUCAGUGUAUACAGUACUGCUCAAUGGUGAAACUGUAAUAAAAAAAACAGUACAUUAUUUCAUCAUCCUUUACAUGUGUUUACUAUUGUGGAUGACAAUAAAAAAAAGGCAGUGCAAAGUCUUUUGGGCCUUUUAGAACUUCUUCUGAAAAUUCAAGCUUUACUUUAGAAAUGUGUUGACAUUUACCCAAAGCAGAUCGUCUUAACCACCUCACUUUAAAUAUAUAUUUAAAUCAAAAUAAAACCAAAUAAAGAGACAUUUCCAACUGUU